AUGCUCGCACCAGCCAGGCUCACGAUGCGGCGAGGAGCUCGCAUCGCCAACCCGCGACCGCUCUCGUUGCUCGCUUCUUCGGCUCGAGUGCACGCGCUUGCCAGCUCUCGAGGGCGCAUGCAGCAGCUCAGCAGUCACCUAAACUUCACUACUACACCCUCCCGACUUUUCAGCGCAUCAGCAGCCGCAGCGGGGCAGGUCAAGCCGUUCGUCCUCGCCGACAUUGGAGAGGGAAUCACCGAGUGCGAGAUCGUCAAGUGGCUCGUCAAGGAGGGCGACGUGAUCGAGGAGUUUGACCCCGUCGUCGAGGUUAUGUCCGACAAGGCGUCUGUCGAGAUCACCUCCCCGUUCUCCGGCAAGAUUGCCAGCUUAGCAGGAGCAGCGGGCGACAUGCUCAAAGUCGGAAGUGUGUUGUGCAGCAUUGAGGUAGAGGGCGGCGAGGGAGAGGCGGACGCGGCGGUAGAGUCGGCACCCGAACCUUCGCCAGCUCCCGCCUCGCCUCCAGCUACGCCAUCCUCUUCCUCCUCAGCUACCACCUUGUCACCAUCAUCGCCUGCCCACUCUCGACCGUCAAAUAUCGAAGUCCUCGCCACGCCGGCGACUCGAAGGUUUGCCCGCGAGCACAACGUCGACCUCGCUUCCAUCGCUGGCACGGGUCGAGACGGCCGCGUCACGAAGGAGGACAUCUGGAAGUUCGUGUCGGAGGGUGCUUCAGCCGCCUCUCCCGCACCUAAGCAGGCAUCCGCCCCUACCGCAACUUCCGCCCCGGCAGCUCCCGCUGAAUCAACCACCAUCCCGCUCAACUCGACUCGCAAGGCCAUGUACCGCGCCAUGUCGGCGUCGCUCCAGAUCCCGCAUUUCUCGUACUCGGACGUUGUCGACGUGACCGAGAUCGAGCGGAUGCGCCUCACGCUCGCCGCGAACAUCCCCCUUCAGUACCGCAAGACACUAAAACCGGCAGACGAGGCGACUCUCGCACGACAUGAGCAAUGGUCGGGUGCCGCUCACGUCGAGCCAACUCGCCAGUUCGACCGCAUUACCCUCCUCCCGCUCCUACUCAAGGCGCUCUCGCUCGCCAUGUCCGAGCACCCGAUCUUCACUUGCACCCUUUCCCCUCCGCCGUCUGCCGGGCCAGCCUCCACUGAUCCCUCGCUCGUCCACCGCCCAACCCACGACAUCUCGGUCGCCCUCUCAAACCCUUCUCCCGCCGGUGGCCUCUUCACGCCCGUCCUCCGCUCCGUCGACUCUUCCUCCGUCUUCGACCUUGCCUCUCGCCUCGCGCACCUCCAGUCUCUCCUUCCGACGUCCGGCAACGGCGCACCCAAGUUCCCGCCAGAAUACCAAGGCGCCGGCACCCUCACCCUCUCGAAUAUCGGCGUCAUUGGCGGGCGGACGACGCACCCGGUCGUGCCGCCGACGGGCCAGCUUGCGAUUGGAGCGAUCGGGCGGACGAGGGUCGAGCCGCGUUUCGUUGAUGAGGCCAAGGCGAAGCGGGUUGCGAGCGGGUUGGAAGAGGCUGGAGCUCGCGAAUUGAAGGUCGAGCCACGGCUGGUGAUGGACGUGACUUUCUCGGCGGAUCACCGCGUCGUCGAGGGCGUCGAGCUCGCCCGGCUGGUCGAGUCGUGGAAGCGCAUCGUAGAGUACCCCGCCAGGCUCGCCGCCUAG